GAGACAAACCCAAUCCCUGACGCGCGUAUCGCUCACCUGGAGAUAUUCUCACUGCCUAUUUUGUGAUUCUUUUUAUUUUAUUUUUUUACUUUAUUUAUAUUGAGAAUUAAAAAAAGAAACAUCAUGCAGAGCUGGAGUUGAAGCAGGAGGUGAACGCGCGUCUUACAAUUCAGUAUCAAUUUCCACAUAGGCUAUACAUUGUGUUUUGGGAUUUUACGCAGCGAUUGCGCAGGAUUUGAGCCAUGGCAGAGGAGUGAGGCGCGUUAGCCAAAAUGCCUGUGAACUGGAAUAUACUAACUUUUACACGGCGGUCCUAUGGAAUAUAGUCCGAUUUUACACAGUCUACAUGUUGUGCCAUCAUCCCACGUGAAAAACAAACUCUUUGUAUUCUGUAUAAUGCUGUCCCUUUGGGUAUAUAUGAUAUAUUGUUGUGUCGGCUACUGUUCAACUGUGCCAAACCUCACGUACAGCUCGGUGAACAGACACGACAACGAUGCAGAAGUUGACAAUCAGGAGUCCUCUCUCGGGGCGUCCAGGGACUUACUGAAUAACGAAAACGAUUUGGACAGCAGAGGAGACGAGUGGGAUGAAAUUAGAGGCGAGGCGAAGGCGUUGGAUGAUAAUGCCAUGUCAGGUUUCCUCAAUGAGUCGGAAACUAAAAAGUUGCCCCAGGCGAUCAUCAUCGGGGUGAAGAAAGGAGGAACCCGGGCGCUGUUGGAGUUUCUGCGCCUGCAUCCAGACAUCAGAGCGGUGGGAGCCGAGCCGCACUUCUUCGACCGCAACUACGACAAGGGACUGGAGUGGUACAGGGAAUUGAUGCCCAAGUCAUCAGAGGGCCAGUUGACCAUGGAGAAGACCCCCAGCUACUACGUUACCAAGGAGGUCCCUGCUCGAAUCUACACCAUGUCUAAAGACACAAAAUUGAUUGUAGUCGUGCGGGAUCCUGUCACACGAGCCAUCUCAGACUACACCCAAACCCGCUCCAAGAAGCCGGACAUCCCCUCAUUCGAGACCCUGACCUUUAAGAACAUGUCAGCAGGUCUGAUUGACACCACGUGGAGCGCCGUUCAAAUUGGCAUGUAUGCUAAGCACCUUGAGCGCUGGCUCCAGUACUUCCCUAUGGAGCAGCUGCUGUUUGUUAGCGGAGAGCGUCUGAUUAGCGACCCUGCAGGUGAAAUGGCUCGCGUUCAGGACUUUCUUGGGCUCAGGAGGGUGGUCUCAGAGAAGCAUUUCCACUUUAACCCAACAAAGGGCUUCCCCUGCCUUAAGAGACCUGAGGGGAACAGCAAGCCGCACUGCCUGGGCAAAACCAAAGGCAGGACCCAUCCUAAUAUUGACCCAGAGGUGGUGCAGAGGCUAAGAGACUUUUAUAAACCCUUUAACAGCAAGUUUUACCAGAUGACUGGUCAAGACUUUGGCUGGGACUGAGAGGAAAACUAAUGCAACAGACUCAUGCUGGUCCCUUGUGUGUGUUUUUUUUAUAAUUGUAUCAUUCUGGAGAUAUUAUUAUACAGUGUAUGUACAGUAUUUGGUGGAUGUGUAAAAAGUUCAGAAGUCUAUUUUAUGAUAAUUUAUUGUUAUGAUAUUAACUCACUAAGCUGCCUAACCAGGUUUAUUCAUGACCCAUCACAAACUUUAUGUUCAGUUCUCUUCAACAUGUUAUAAAAAGCACAAUGUUUUUACGGGUAUUACAAGCAAGGUCAGUAUCCUUUUUUUAAAACCAGGACAUUAUUUUGGCUUCAUUUUCUUUUUCUUUUACUUUCCUAAAUGCUGCUUUUGCUUCACCUGAAGCUGAAUGAGAUCCAACUUUACGAACAACUGGUAAUAUCCCCUUAACAUUUGCCUGACCCUCAGAGGUCCAUGGACUCACUUAGUCAGGUCGAUACAGGCCCCAGCUGAUCCAGUGCCACUUGCCAGGUGGAUCAAUACAGUAAUAGCUCCUCAUCAUGUCAAUUAGACCUGAAUGAUGGCACUGCCUUGAUCUCUUGAGCACCGCAAUAAAACAUGGAUCCAUUAAUGGUAGUAAGUUUAUAGUUGACCCUUGAGCCAACUUCAAGAUAAUAUAAUAAUAUAAAUUUCCACUGCAAUGUUUUGGCUUUUAUACCCUUUCUACAAAGGAAUGUUGAUUAGGCUCCAAUACGGGGUCCUAUCACAAUAAUUUUGUGGUGAUUUUAUCCAUUCUUCCAAAAAGCUGCUGCACACGCUUCAUAAUGCCAAAUCAAUUAUGGCUCUGAUCUAAACAGAACAUUAUUCAUAUGAUUCAUUUACAUUCAUUGAUCUGUUCUGAAAAGGCUCUCAUGGAUCAUUCUGUACAGCUGUUUUACCACAGGUGAUACUAGACGUGUUAAUGAUGCCCUUAGCCAUGAUAAUUCAACCGAUAGAGUGAUGGCCCCACAGAAAUAAGCAUUUCUCUAAAUCUUUGUUGUCUAUUUUGAAUGGUAGGUGAAGAUUUAACAUUUAAAAACAACGUAAUUUGGACCAAAAUUAAUAAUGUAAGUUUCAUGUAUGGUUGAGUUUUAUUCAACCUUUAUAAAUAUACAUUUGUCAGCAUUUUAACAGAUGUCAUUCCAUCAUGAUCCCUGUUGUUGUAGAGGCACUAUUUUGCUGUAUGCGUUGCUUUAAAACAUUGAAGUGAAGCAGGUUUGACUGAGGUUUCGACUGAAUGGUGCAGUCAUGUCAUUUUUAUGAAGUAAGAAAUAAAUGUUUCACCAAAAUCCUA